AAAUCAUCCAGGCACUGCACCGGGUUUCACGUUUCAUAGCUGAGUCGCGUUCACUUCCACCAGCUUGACAGCUUCCUGGACUUUUCCUCCCCGACCACAGCGUGUCCUCUCAAUCAUCAUGGCGACGUUCACUCUUCGCGCGCUGGUUCUCCCGGCGUCCCUCUUGAGCCUUCUUGUCUCCGCCGGACCUGUUCCCAACUAUGAAGAUCCUCAAGAUCCUCUCAUCACUCCAUCGCCAGUACUCAACUAUCCCAGCAGGACUCACCAGAACCUCCGCCGCGACAUCAUCUCAGACAUCAAGUCCGGCGCCCAAGGCAUCGCAUCAGAUGUUCAGUCGGGUGUCGAUGGCGUCCUAAGCGAUCUGGGCAAUGUUCCCUCAUAUGUAGCCUCGGGCAUUCCAAACUUUUUCCAGAAUUUCCCGACUGGAGAGUCCGUGGUCAGUUCGUUGGGUUUGAACGAUGAGCAGCUGGCAGCGGUCCCGACGCAGGCUUUGAACAUCCCUCCUUAUGCGAACUAUACCGAGCAGGGCUGGAACGUCAGGUUUCACGGCAACAUCUACAAGCAGCCCAACAUCACCGAAGAGAAGCUCAAUGAUCUCGCAAACAUCUUCCUGAUUGACACAUCCGUCGAAAAGCUGCCAGAUUCCCAGGCUGACAUGGCUCGGAAUGUGACGGCGUCGAUCUUUGUCGUGCAACAAGACACUGUCAACGUCUCAACCAUUGAAGUUGGCCCAUUCGAGGGUGGUGCCGGCGAGACUCAACAAGUGACUCUCCCGUACAAGACAACAGACCAAGGCGACUUCGACGUCUUCCUUCCGAUCAACAGCAACGGCCUGAUGCGCGGAAAUGAAACCCAGCAGAUCCAAAAACUGAGCACCUUCGUCAGCAACACUACCGAGGGCAAUGCCACAGCCUACCUCGUUCCGGACGAAGGCAUCACCGUCAUUAGUGACAUUGACGACAUUCUCCGCAUUACCAAAAUCUACGAUCCGAAGGAAGGUCUCCUCAACUCCUUCGCGCGUCCCUUUGUCGCCUGGGAGAACAUGCCCGAAAUCUACGCCAACUGGUCCUCCAGCUUGCCCAACGCGCAUUUCCACUACCUGACCACUCUGCCCGAGCAAGUCACGCGAACGUAUGAGGAGUUCAUUUACAACACAUACCCGGCAGGAAGCUUCGACACCCGACCGCUGAACUUCUCCGAUAUCAGCGCGACGCUGAGCAUUCGCGAGUUUUUGUUGACGAAGAUCUUCGAGACUUUCCCGAAGCGGAAGUUCGUGCUCGUCGCGGACACGUCCAACAGCGAUGUCAUGAAAGACUACCCCAAAAUGGCAAAAGACUACCCCGACCAAGUCCAAUGCAUCUUCCUCCGCAACACCACCGCAACCGACUCGUCCGACCGCUUUCCCUACGACACCUCCGGCUUCGAAGACCUCGACCAGAAGAAGUACAUGUUCAUCGUACACGCCAACGACCUCAUGGGUGUGAAUAUCGCCGGCGAUUCGUGCUACAAUACGAGCGUGGCGCAGAAUUUGACGUUUGGAUAUCAGGGUCUGCCGUUGGGCUUGGGCAAGGAGCCGACGGUCAAUGGAAGUGCGAACGGGCAGGGCAAGAAGGGCGCCGCUGCGAGGGAGAGCGGCAACCUUGGCUGGACACUCUUGCUGGGAUUGGGAGUUGUAGGAUGGCAGUUCUUGUAAAGGGUGGGAGAGAGAUUGAUGAUGGUGUGAGUAUUUGCAUUAGCGAGCUGCAUUAGUGUGUUUGCGAAGGGAGGAGCAGCGACAUAACUUAUCGACAGAGAAACGCAUAUAGUUCGGAAAUCUGAUGUUCGGGGCCUGAGGCUCAAAGCAGAAAGCAAGCUGAGUCCGAGAUCUUUCCACCCCUUCCGAAAUCAC